AUGAAUGAGGCUGGUACAUCAUUAGGUAAAGGAAAGAGAAAAACCACUGCCCCUACAGGUAUUCAUGCUUUCUUUAAGGGUGGACGUGAUAGUGCUCAACCUACUAUCAAAGCUUGUUUGCAAAGUAAGGAUAAAUGGCAAAAUACUGAUAUGGCCAUUGCUCUUUGGUUCUAUGAUGCAUGUAUUCCCAUUAAUGCUGUUAAUUCUCCAUUUUUUCAAAAAGCUAUCGAUCAAAUUGCAUCAAUGGGUCAUGGUUAUAAAGCUCCAUCUUAUCAUUCUUUGCGAGUCACUUUGUUGCGAGAUGCUAAGAAAGAUGUGCAGUUAGUUGUUGAUUCAUUUCGAAAUACUUGGGCUGAAACUGGAUGCACUAUAAUGGGUGAUGGAUGGAAAGAUAGUAGACAAAGACCAUUGAUUAAUUUUCUGGUUUAUUGUCCUAAGGGUAUAUCUUUUAUCAAGUCUAUAGAUGCAUCGGACAUUGUGACAAAUGCAGAAAAUUUGUGCAAUCUGUUUGUUGAAAUUGUUGAAAUGGUUGGUUCAAAAAAUGUGGUGCAUUUAGUCACUGAUAAUGCUAGCAAUUAUAAGGCUGCUGGAACUUUAUUAAAUGAAAGAUAUCCAACUAUUUGCUGGUCUCCAUGUGCUGCCCAUUGUAUCAAUUUGAUUUUGAAGGAUAUUGGUGAAAUGGGUACUGUUAAAUCUCUAGUGGCUCUUGCUGCUACAGUAACUGUUUUUGUGUAUAAUCAUAAAUAUGUUCUAAAUUGGCUGAGAAAAACUAAUGGGUGGAGGGAGAUUAUUCGUCCGGGGGAGACUCGAUUUGCCACCACUUUUAUUGCACUAAAGAGCUUACAUGAUCACAAAGACAGCUUACAAGCUUUAGUCACUAGCGGAGAUUACAAAAAGUUCUUGAAAAUGAACAAAGGAAAAGAGGUCAAACAAAUUGUUUUGGAUGAUAGAUUUUGGAAUAAUUGUUUGAUUACGGUGAGAAUAAUGGGUCCUAUUAUUCGGUUGUUGAGAGUUUGUGACACUGAUGAAAGGCCUUCUUUGGGGUAUGUGUAUGAAGGUAUGUUUAGAGCAAUUACUGGAAUCAAGAAGUUGUUCAGGAGUAGUGAAAGACUAUAUAAGCCUUACAUUGAUAUCAUCAAUGACCGAUGGGAUAGGAUGUUGAGGAAAAAUUUGCAUGCUACGGCAUAUUUUUUAAAUCCCGCUUUUCAAUAUGACACUGCCACAUUCUCUACACAUCCAGAAAUUACAAAUGGUUUGUUGGAUUACAUAGAAUCAAAGGUGGAUUGGUGUAGUGUGGAAAAUUUAACAAGAGAAAUUGGAAUGUAUCGAGAGCUAGGGGUGGGCAAAAAAAAUCUGAAAAUCCGAAAACCCGAUCGACCCGCUCCGACCCGCCCCGAAAAUUAG